UCCAUACUAUCGUUCAUCCUUCCGAAUUCAAUUAUGCCUCGCCGAAAACCUACUUUCUGACUCUUUCAGUGAGCCAACAUGGAACAGGCGAUCACCGUCCGACUGCUGGUAGUGGGGGAUGACAACGUCGGCAAAACGACUCUAGUACAAGCGCUCUGCGGCGCCUCAUCGCACUCAAUUGGCAAGACGACGGCGGGCUGUGCAGUGUCGGUCCGUCUAGCAAAUGACAGCAAGCACGUGGAAGAGUUCUACGACGUAGCAGGAGCUCCUCGGUACAGACACGGUCGUCAGGUUUUCUUCUCGCACAAGCGUUACGAUGGUGUGAUUUUUGUCUACGACGUAACCGACCGGAGCACUCGCUCUUCAAUAAGCUGUACGUGGGUCCCGGAGGUGAUGACGCAUCUGGGUGAUGUGGGUGCCAUCGAAGCUGGUGGGAGGGGCGAUGGCGAAGAGGCGCACGUGCGUAGCGCUGGCGUUAUCAACGAACUGCGUUUCUUGUGGAGGCAAGUGUUUUUUACGCACAGCCGCGUUUCUUCCGCGCAGGCUAUCAAGGAGGGUGUCAGGCUUUCAUGGAGACUCAUGCGUCUUUGGAUGAACGAGAUGGGGCUCUGGCCAGACUCGUCGCUCGAUGAGGAGGCGGAAAGGGUCUAUUUAGCUACGAGUUUGGUUCCUUGCGCGAUUGUCGGAAUGAAAAGCGAUCUUGUGGAUAGACCAGAAACGCGGGAUGGAGAAAUCCAGAAUCGCCCAAAGGGCGUACCCGAUGUCAGACUGUAUGCUAACAGCGUGGCGCACGAUGCCAAACUAUCCGCAUUCCUUCGACGAGUUGCUGAAUCUGCCAAACGGAAGGCGGCCACGCCCAUCAAGUCGAGCCGUCGGACAGCCUCUGGACAACUGCUUGGCUUUGCAUGACCAGUGUAUGCCCCUGGAACUAGGUUCUUUACAUAUUCACCUUUCCUCAUGUACAUAAAUGUGUCAGGGCGUUAGUAGUAAGCUUGCGAUGAGGCAGCGUGUAGUUGUCUA